GGUAUCCUAAUUCACCUUUCUUAAAUCUUAUCUCCCACCACCAUGCCUGAGAAUAAGCACCACAGCCACCAGUUUCACCACCACAAGGGGGAAAAACCCGCCGGAGAAAUGAGCAAGCAAGACUAUGAGAAACAAGUGAAACACCACAAGCACUUGGAGCACGUCGGCAAGCUAGGUGCUGUAGCCGCUGUUACUUUUGCUCGGCAUGAGAAGCAUAAGGCUAAGAAAGACCCAGAGAAUGCUCACAGCCACAAGAUCAAAGAGGAGAUUGCAGCAACAAUUGCAGUGGGCAGUGUUGGAUUUGCCAUCCAUGAGCACCAUCAGAAGAAAGAUGCUAAAAAACAAAAAGAAUCAGCUUUCGGGAAGAAACACCAUCUGUUCUGAGACUCAUUUCUCUACUUCUUCUCCCUCUCCCUUUCCCUCUCCCUCCCCUUUAUUUGUUUUAU